AUGUUUCAACCAAAUAAACCACGAAGAUUACGUGCUAAUGCGACUCAAACAUAUAUAAAUUGCCAAAGAAGACACCAAAGGUGCGAAACACCCAAAGGGGAUAUCACCUGUACAUACUGUAGAAACAAUAGUGUCGACUAUGAAAAAAUUACUCCAUCUAAAAAACGUGGGAGAAAGUCUAGGUCUCCCGGAACUACAGAAGCUCCCUACUCUUUCGAAACUGUUGUAUCAUUUAUUGGCCAAGAACAAAUGCCAUAUGAUCAAAAUACCGCGUUAAUUAAUUCUUAUGAGCCUUCACAAAAUAAUGAUUCUUUAAUCAUUACUCCAUAUCAAAAUAUCACAUUAUUUUCUACUAGUUAUUUAAAUGAAACCUCUUCUGUUAAAACUCUUCCCAAUAUCUACCCAUGCAAAGCUGCUAGAACAUCCCUAAAUAUGUUCCUUUUUGUUCACGAAGGACCAGCACAAGAUAAUGGUCUUUUAAUCAUUAAUCCAUAUCAAAAUAUCGUAUUAUUCUUUACUAGCCAUUUUAACAAUUCCUCUUCUGUUGAAAUUUCUCUCAACAUCCACCUCUGCGGAGCUAUUAAAGCAUCACAAAAUGCACCAGCACAAAAUAAUGAUCCAUUAAUCAUUAAUCCAUAUCUAAAUAUUAUUCCAUUUUUUAAUAGUUAUCCAAAUAACUUCUCCUAUUUAGAAACUCCAGAUACUUAUAAUAAUAUCAUUAUUUCUUCCAAUAUUUACGCUUAUGGAACUAAUAAACUGCUUCCAUGCUCUCCUUUUGUUUACGAAGGACCAGCACAAAAUAAUAAUCCACUAAUUAUUAAUCCAUAUACACCACUCUUUAUUAGUUAUUCAAAUAAUUUCUUCUCUUUAGAAACUCCAGAUCCUUAUAAUAAUACUAUUACUUCUCUUAAUAUUUAUGCUUAUGGAACUAAUGAACAAUAA